AUGGCGAUCACUGGCACCGCUGCUGAUUCCACGGACGAACUACUCUCUCAGUGGCGGCCUCAAGUGUUCAUCAACUUCCGAGGGGCCGAUCUUCGCAUCGGCCUCAUCGGCUAUUUGAAAGAGGCUUUGAUAGAGAAUAAUAUCAAGUACUAUAUCGACUCUGAAGAGCCCCGGGGCGCACCUAUUGAGAUCCUUUUCGAAAGGAUCAGAGAGUCGCAAAUCGCGCUGGUGUUCUUCUCGAUUCGGUACGCAGAGUCAGAGUGGUGCUUGGACGAGUUGGUGGAAAUUAUGAAGAACAUGGAGAAAGGCAAACUCACAGUCAUCCCUGUCUUCUUCAAGGUAGAGCCAGGGGACGUGAAAGGGCAAAAGAAAGAGUUUGGAGUUGCGUUAUACGGAGAAGGUCGCCGUAAGAGACCCAGGAUGCCGCAAUGGGAAGAUGCUUUAGAGAUUAUUCCCACAAGAAUGGGGUUGGAAUUUUGGGAGCAAAGUGAAGAAGUCGUUUUCCGAAACAAACUCAUCGAGGCAGUCAAGGAAGUGGAAGCCGAAAUUAAAAAAGAAUACAGAGGAAGAGAACGUUCCUCUUCCUCUGAACCUAUCAGACACCUUACCGGUACAACAUUUCUUCCAGUUGCUUACGAGCAGCAACGCAUUGAGCAACUGGAAGAAAGGUUUUGUUUUGAUCCUGCCGUUACUCAAAUUCUUGGAAUUGUUGGUAUGGCCGGGAUUGGUAAAACCAUUCUGGCACAAAAGCAUUUUGAUAAGUGGAAAAAGAGGUUAUCAGUUCACCAGUGUGUUCUUGGUAUCCAUGAGAGGUCAAAGAAUGAGGAAGGGCCAGAUUGGCUCAUUCAGGAACUUGGGGAUAAGAUUUUCAAAAAGAAAAGUUUCAUUUUUCUGGACGACGUGAGCGAAGAGACACAAAUAGAGUCUCUACUUAGCAAACUCCACCGGAUAAUAAAGGGAAGCAAGAUAGUGAUUACAACGCGCGACAAGUCAUGGAUCGGAAGGCUGGUUGACUACACAUACGUGGUCCCUGGAUUGAACGACAACGAAGCCUUACAACUCUUUCGCCAUCAUGCUUUCAGACACGAAGACGACACUUCAUCACAGAACAUUAUUAAGCUGUCCAAGAAGUUUGUGGACUAUGCUGGAGGCAAUCCACGAGCUCUCGAGGAAUUAGGGAAAGAGCUUUGUGGUAAAGACGAGGCUCAAUGGGGAGAAAGGCUAGAAACGCUGCCACAUUGCUGCAACGAGAAUAUCAAAAGAGAACUAAAAACCAGUUAUGACAAGCUGACUGAUCAACAAAAGGAUGCGUUUCUUGACAUAGCUUGCUUCUUCAGAUCGGAAGAUGAGGAUUGUGUCACAAGUUUACUGGCUGCGAGGGAAAUUAGAGAUCUUGCCGACAAGUUCAUGAUAACUGUCUCUGCUGGCCAAAUCGAGAUGCCUCUUAUACUGUGUUCAUUGGGCAAAGAACUUGGUUUAUUUGCAUCAGUAGAAGACAAUUUGGGACAGAGCAGGCUAUGGGAUCAUGAUACAGUUAUUAACGCUUUGGUCCACAAUGAGGAAGAAGACAGUACUGUGAGAGGUAUCUUACUGGACGUGUCAAAAUUAAAAGACGAAAUCUCUAUAGCCACAGACAAGUUGACCUUGAUGCCUAACCUGCGGUAUCUCAAAAUCUUUGACUCUCGCUGUCCUCGGCAAUGUAAAGUUGUUAACGUUGAUGACUGCAAAGUACACUUGCCUGAUGAACUUGAGUUGCCUUUGGAAAAGAUUCGAUAUCUCCACUGGCUGAAAUUUCCAUCGGAGCAACUUCCAUCAGACUUCAAUCCAGAGAAUCUUGUUGACCUCAGGCUGCCAUACAGUAAGAUUGAACGUGUUUGGGAUGUUGUAAAGGAUACACCAAAUCUGAAGUGGGUUGAUUUAAGUCACUCUACAGAGUUGGAAGACCUGUCAGCUUUGUGGAAAGCUGAAUCUCUUCAAAGAUUAAAUCUUGAAGGUUGCAUUAAGCUUGAAAGUUUGCCAGAAGAUAUGGAAAAUAUGAAGAGUCUUGCUUUCUUGAAUCUCAGAGGAUGCACAAGUCUCAAGUCUCUUCCAGAGAUGGAGAAUUUAAUCUGUCUGAAGACUCUCAUCCUCAGUGGCUGCUCAAGCUUUGUUGAAUUUCAGGUGAAAGCUAAGAAUCUUGAACAUCUACAUCUAGAUGGCACAGAAAUCGUGAAACUUCCCCAGGAGAUCAAGCAGCUCCAAAGACUUAUUGUAUUGAAUCUGAAGGACUGCGUAAUGCUGGACGGUCUUCCAGAUUGUCUCUACAAGCUGAAGGCUCUUGAAGAACUGAUACUCUCUGGUUGUUCAAGACUUAGGAGCUUUCCUGAAAUUAAGGAGAACAUGGAAAAUCUGCAGAUUCUGCUACUCGAUGGGACGAACAUCAGAGACGUGCCAAAGAUAUUAUUACGCUGCGCUAACUCCGUAGACCAACUGAAUUUCCAACGGUCACCCCAGAUGAGUGGCCUAUCCUUGUUGCGGCGUCUAUGCUUAAGCAGAAAUGAUAUGAUCAGGAGCCUGCAAUCUAGUAUAAGUGAUCUUUAUCAUUUGAAAUGGAUUGACUUGAAGUAUUGCGAGAAGCUCCAAUCUAUUUCCAUGUUACCACCAAAUCUUCAAUGUUUAGAUGCGCAUGGUUGUACCUCACUUAAAACAGUAGCGAGUCCGCUGGCCCGCCUUAUGCCAACAGAGCAAGUGCCCUCCUCAUUCAUUUUCACUAACUGUGAAAAACUAGAACACUUCUCCAAGAAUGAAAUCACAUGCUAUGGUCACAAUAAGGGCCGGCUCCUGUCAGAAACAUUGAAUCGUCACAAUAAGGGUCUGUCUUUUGAAGCUUUGGUUUCCACUUGCUUUCCUGGAAGUGAAGUUCCUGCUUGGUUUGGUCACAAAGCUUCUGGAGCACUGUUGGAGCCUGAGCUGCCUCGACACUGGAGUGAAAAUGGUUUUGUUGGAAUAGCUCUAUGCGCUAUUGUCUGGUUUGAAGAACAAAAAAUUCGAAACAACAAUCUCCAGGUGAAAUGCAUAUGUGACUUCAACAAUGUCAAGACAUCCUCUAGCUACUUUAAUUGCCCUGUUGGAGGUCUAUCCGAGACAGGCGAUGAGCAACGCACGAUACAUUCUACACAUGUGUUCAUUGGCUAUACCAAUUGGUUGAAUAUCAAGAAAUGUCAAGAAGAAGAUGGUAAGAAGGGAUGUGUUCCUACUAAGGCUUCAAUUAAAUUUCAAGUGACUGAUGAUAUUGGUGAGGUUAGGAAUUGUGAGGUAUUGAAGUGCGGUUUUAGUUUAGUUUAUGAAACUGGUUCUUGGGAGUUAAGCUCAAGGACAGAUGAAGGUGAAUUUGAACAAGGUGAAGUUGAGUCUCUUGAGAUGAAGGUUUCUAAAAUUAAGAGCAAAUUGUGGUGCAAAUACAAUGCGCGAUAAUAAGGUCAGUGGUGAGGCAAGCCGUAGCUCCACACAGAGCUAAGUAACCUUAAGCCUCUUUUUAAUCUACUUUUCUUCUUUCUUGUAACAAAACUUUGCGAGGUCUGAUUGUUGAUGUCAUUUGUUGUACAACAGUUUGCUUCUCA